AUGCCGCACGGUCUCGGUCACCAAUUGGGGCUAGAUGUCCAUGACGUGGGCGGCUACCCUCCCGGUGUGGUGCGGAAGGACCGGGACAUCGGGCGCUGGGAGCUUGAGGGCUCAAGCAUUCCGAUGGACGAUCCCAACAUCAAGGAGAAUCUGAGAUUAGGCAGGGAGUUGAAGGAGAACAUGGUGAUCACUGUGGAGCCUGGCUUCUACUUUAUUGAUUACCUUAUUGAGGAGGCCAUGGCAGAUCCCAAGAAGGGAUGCUUCAUCAACCAGGAGAAGCUCCACCAGUUCUGGGCAGAUGUCGGCGGGGUGCGGAUAGAGGACAACGUCGUGAUCACGAGCAAUGGCUGCCGCGUUCUCACCUGCGUUCCCCGCACUGUGGAGGAGAUUGAGGCCGUGAUGGCCGGCGGAGCCUGGCAGGUCAGCGCUUCCUGCUGCCGCUCCUACAUCGCCGCUUCGAGGAUGUGA